GAGACCUCCCGCUGGCGGGUCCUGAACGCAGAGGGCCUGAGCCCGGACCUCGGCGUGGUGCCGUGGCUCGGCGGGGAGCGCCUCGGGAAGGCUGCCGUCGCCGCGGAGACUCUCCGGGGCGGCCGCGCGGGUUCGCCCCGGCGCUCGCCGCCACCGCGCCGGUCGCCGGCCGGCCGUCGCGACGGCAGCCAGGCGGCGGCGGGAGAGCGCCGCGGGGCGGGCGGCGCCGACCUCGGCGGAGAGCCGGGGGGCGGCGCGGACCGAGGGGUCGGAAGCAAGCGGGGCGGCGGGCCCGACUCCGCGGACGGCCCGCACGGCAACGCAGCCCGCCCGCGCCGCCUGGUCCCGCGGCCAGGCGGCGGCGACGUCUACCGCCGGCGGGGCGGCGACGGCGACGGCCGCGAGGGCGCGCGGGGCGACGAGGGCGCUCGCUUCCACGGCGCACCCACCCCUCCGGCGGACCGUCGCGAGGACGCUCGCGGCGUGUCGCCCGCGGCGGAGAGGGGCCGCCGGGACCGCGCCCGCGACGCAAGCGAGCGCGCCAGGCGCGGCGCCAGCCCGCGCAGCCGCAAGCGCUCCCGGGACCGUAGCCGCAGGCGCUCCCGGGACCGCAGCCGCAGGCGCUCGCGGGACCGCAGCCGCGGGCGCUCCGACGGCCGGGGCGCCGCGGGCAGCGGGGGCAGGCACGGCGACGUCCUGGAGGGGGCCGGCGACGGUGGCCCCCGCGAGGUGCGCUGCGCGGACCCGCGGGCGCGGAGGCCCCCCCAGGGCUUCCGCAGCGACCCGCAGGAGGGCGACCGCGCCAGGCCUACUACCUUGAAGUCGACCUCGGUAGGGGUCCGCAACCUCCGCGAGAUGAACGCCAUCUGCGUGGCGCUGGACCACCUGGCGCUGGGGCGGACCAAGAGGUGCGCCGACCUGCUCACCCAGCGUUUCAAGGCGGUCGAGAUGGCAGCGACGGAGGGCCAUUGGGACCGCGCCCAAUAUCUCGAGUUGCUCGAGUCGGACACGGUGUCCCUCCGCACCAAGGACGAGGAGUGCAUGGUCACGAAGGAGCAGGAGCUGGCGCAGAGGGUCCGGGGCCACGAGAAACCUACCUACGCCGGCGCUUGGCCGAAGUCUGGGCCCGGCAAGGGCUACCAGGAGUACUGCCAGGACAAAAAGGGGGAGGCGAAGGGCAAGGAGAAGAAGGGCAAGGGCGGGUGGCUGGAGGCGGCAUUCGCGCACGAAGCGGGUGCCAGGCUGCAGGGGGCCGGCUCCGUCGAGGAGUGGGCCGGCGCUGUGGCCGCGCUGAGCGGGGGCAUCGCGUCUUCGAAGACGCGAUGCCCCCGCUCGUCCGUGCACCUCCUCGCCCUGGCGGGCAGGUGCAACCCCACUCGUCUCGGCUGUUUUGAGCGUCUCCUGCGUGUGGAGCCGGCGCAGUUCCGCGACUUCGCCGCGCGGUCCGCCCUUCCUCCGGGGGGCCGCGAGGCGGCGGUGCAGGUGGCGUUGGGCGUCGUGCUCGGCCUCAAAUUCCUCGCCUGCGCCGGGUGGACCGCGACCCCCAUCUGCUUGGGGGCGUCGGCCGCCCUCUCCCCGCCCCAGGGUGCGUCGGUGCAGCGCAUUUGGGCCGGGGUCGUCGAUUUCGUGGAGGCAGGGCCUUACGAUUUCGACUUCGCACUGGUGGCGGAGGAGACCCAGUCGAAAAAGGGUUUCGUAUUCCGGGGAGGCGGUUUCCAGGCGCAGGUGCUUGUUGCCGCGCUCGCAGUCGUCGCGCCCAGGUCCACAGUGCACGCCUCCACGGCCGAGUGGUACUCGUUGGUGAAGGCCGCGGCCACCCUGGGCUUGUUCGAGGAGGUGGAGGAGGAGGACAUCUUUAGGAACCAGUUCGGGGAUCUCAUUUUGGGCGGUGCCAUGGGCGUGGAAAAGGUCAAACAGGUCGGCGAGAGCAGCGAGGGAGAGACGUUUUCGGUGGACUCGGAGGAUAUGGAGUCUUGCUUCAACAUCUUUCGUGUCCCUCCGGCCUGGCGCGGCUACUUCGCCUUCUCCAAAAAGGUGCCCCGCGCCGCCUUCGGCGGCCCUGCUGCUGAGGAGACGUGCGUGUGCAUCCGCUCUGUCCCCAUGGGGUGGAUCGGAGCCGUCGACAUCAUGCAGGCCCUCGCACGGCGGCUGGUGUACGAAACCGUCCCGGUCGACGGGGCCACAGAGUUGCGGAAGGACGCCCCGGUCCCCACGGGCGACGUCUCCUUGGUCUGCAUGGGCGGCUUCGACUACGUCUCGCGGGUGCGGGGGUUGCUUGAUGCAAUGGGUCCCGGCUCAGAGGAGGGCUCUGGGUCGGUGCCGCAUGGCCGCUUCGUAGACGUAUGCGGCCGCCUUCGCAUCCCGCUGAACGUCGGCAAGUCUGUCGUGGAUACCCUUCGGACCGGCAUUCUGGGAGGGGAGUUGGACGGGCUCCGUGGCUGCCUCCUGCGCAGCCGGCAGACGGGCCACGCUUUGGCCGGGAAAUCCUUGGUUCUAGCUUCCACCCGGGGCUGGCCGAAGGGGGCCUUGCAGCGCUGGGCUGGCCUUUUCGGUUUUGCGGCGGGCUUCGGGCGGCCAUUGUACUCCGUGCUCCAAGAGGUGUUUCCUUUCCUGGCAGACAGCAACUGGGACCGCGUGGUUGCCCAACCGCCGCCGGAUGAUGUACUUGCGGAGGUGCUCGUGGGCGGCCUCCUGUUGCCGAUGGCCUUCGUCAACCUGCGAGCCCCUGUGCGGCCGCUCAUCAAGUGUUCGGACGCCUCCGAAGAAGGGGCCGGGGCGGCCGUGGCUUCGUCGUUUGUCGACGCACUCGCGCCGGGCGUGGGUGGACAGGCCGAGGACUGGGCAGCCGGGGAGGCCGAGGAAAGCCACCAGGACGCCCCCGUGUUGCGCCCGUGCGACCGCUCCUUCGACAGCGACGCAGGCCGGGCCGGCUUCUCUGAGGCGGGCGGCAAGUCGGCGCUCGAGCGGUUCGACGGCGAGGGCGUCGCUUUUGAGCAUUGGAACCCGGGCUGCCCUCUGGACGUGCACUACGAGUAUUACGACAUGAUCGGUGUCACGGAAUACCCGUUUUUGCUCCGUCAGCGGUGCGCGGGCAUCGUCGAGCUCGUAGUCGACGAGAUUGGCUUGAAGUCUCUCGCUGCACAGCCGUCGUCGCGUCUUACCUGGCUCCGGGACGCUCUCGUCAGCUCAACGGCGCGGUUGGCCAAGGGGGAGGUCAUCGCUGAGGCUAUCCCGUACCUCGACGCGCUCCUGCACACAAUGGUCCAGGAGAAGGAGUUGGAUCACCUGCGCGAACUUCUCCGACAUGCUGAUUAUCGUGGCUCCGAUGUUCGGCUCGUUUCUGGCCAGCUGGUCGACGGGUGCCGCCGCGAGUUCCCGUGCCCAGCCCCGGCGCAUAUCAGGUACGAGGCAAUCACCAUUGGCACAAUUCACCGGUACGAGGUUGCAAUUCUCCGUUUCUUCCAAUUCCUUCGGCUACAUGACCGAGUCUACCCGGCAACCCUGGCGGAGCUCGAAAGGGAGGUGACGGACGCUUGCCUUGCCAUGGCCAGCAUUUCCCUGCUCUGGGGAUGGCCGCGGUUUGGCCUAUCGCUGCUGUUGGAGUUCCUGGGGUUUCUCCGCACUGGCGAGAUCCUGUCCAUUAUGAAGAAGCAGGUAUCCAUAUUGGGCGGCGGCUCCCUACUGGUCAUUGCCCUCCCAAGCAGCAAAGGGGCAAAGCGGAAAGGCAGGCCGGAGUAUGUGCGCAUCCACGACACUGAGGUGAUCAGGGCUGUGGCUCUUCUGCUGGGGUCCCUGAGCCCCGACGAGAGGCUGCCCCCUGGCGGGUUCAGGCAGUUCUCGCAGCUGCUCGAGGCCACAGCCAAAACCAUCGGCAUCGCCCACCCUAACCUCACGCACUACACGCUGCGCAGGGGCGGCGCCACGUGGCACUUCAGCGGACAGGACGGUCUUAACCCCCUGGUGGCGCUAGAGAGCGCUCCCUGCCACGACAUCUACCUCGUGCACACGUUCGGCUUCUGA